GAGUUCUCCAGUGAAAUAGCAAGAGAGGCAAUGUGACAGGCACUGAUAAGCAAGCAAUACUACCAAAGCAGGCAUAAUGACUGCAUAUACAGGUGUUAGAUGUUGAUGAUCAUGAUGCCUUCUGACCUGUCAUGCAUAAUUCACUUUUUACCCCCCAAUGAAAGUAUGCUAAUGAUUAGAAAGCAUUCUCUCUAUCUAGAUCGUAUUUCAUCACGCCUUCAUCAUUUCUGUAUGCUUUUGUCUGCGACAUCAAAGUUUAAAUUGGCUUCUCUUGUAUUUAAACAUUUAUCACAAGAUCUCAACUCUGUGGCACAUUUAGUACCUCACACCAGCAUUAGUGUAGGUGACACAACCACAGAUCCGAUAUCAGAAGAAGCCUUCGAGUCAGCUAUAUCAAAAAUACAACAAUAACCGACUCAAGCAACGAGACUAUGGCGUCCACUGUCAAGGCACAGCUGGAAUAUAUAGAAGAUGCUAAUAAGGAUGAUUCGACGACAUCAGCUGCGAGAAUAGAUCCCGGUCUUCGAGUUCUUGAACCGCCAGAAUGGAUCGCCGCCUUGUCUCCUGAAGAACGCGUCGAAAUUGAAUUCAAACUCAAAAGGAAAAUCGAUCUGAGAUUGUUGCCUAUGGUCAUUUUGAUGUAUAUCAUGAAUUAUCUAGAUAGGAACAAUAUUGCAGCAGCGCGGUUAGCGGGAAUGGAGGAAGAUUUGAAUUUAGUGGGAGAUCAAUAUCAGACUUGUGUGAGUAUCCUGUUCGUGGGAUACCUCCUAAUGCAGAUCCCCUCCAAUUUGUUCUUGAAUAAAAUAGGUAAACCAGCAAUGUAUCUUCCGGGAGCAAUGAUGAUUUGGGGUGUGAUAUCAGCUGCAACAGCUGGUACCCAGAACUUUGCUGGUCUGCUUGUGUGCAGAUUCUUCCUCGGUUUCGUAGAGGCUGCUUACUUUCCCGGUUGUCUUUACUACCUCUCAUGUUGGUAUACCCGCAAGGAGUUAGGUUUGCGCACUGCACUCCUUUAUUCUGGAUCCCUCAUUAGCGGAGCUUUCUCGGGUCUCAUCGCUGCAGGUAUCACAGGUGGUAUGGAUGGAGUCCAUGGCCUUCUAGCCUGGAGAUGGCUUUUCAUUAUCGAAGGAUCAGUCACCGUUGUUAUUGCUGCUUCUGCCUACUUUAUCCUUCCCAACUUUCCGCGCACCACUGCUUGGUUGACGGACCGGGAACGAGAAUUGGCUGUUUGGCGUUUGGAAGAGGAUGUGGGCAUGGACGAUUGGGUGGACAGCCAUCAGCAAACUUUCAAGCACGGCUUGAAACUCGCAUUCACAGAUAUCAAGACUUAUGUCCUAGUCUUAAUCUUGUUUGGUAUUGUUUCAGCUGCAUCCGUUACUAAUUUCUUCCCAACCGUCGUCGCAACCCUAAAAUACAACCGUAUUCAAUCUCUCCUUCUCACCGCUCCUCCUUACGUCCUCGCUCUCUUCACCUCCAUGUUCAACGCGUGGCACGCCGAUAAAACCGGCGAACGCUUCCUCCACGUUGUCAUUCCUCUCUGUUUCGCCUUUGUAGCAUUCAUCCUCGCCGCCACAACCACAACCCUUGCUCCCCGCUACCUCGCCAUGAUGCUUAUGGUUCCCGGCUGCUAUACCGGUUUCGUGGUCGCCCUCGCAUGGAUUUCCAACACGCUGCCACGUCCUCCUGCCAAAAGAGCAGUGGCCUUGGCCUUCAUUAAUGCGGUGAGUAAUGCGAGUAGUAUUUAUUCAAGUUAUAUGUAUCCCAGCAGUGCGGGCCCGAGAUACGUGGUCGCGAUGAGUGUUAAUUGCGGAAUGAUCUUUAUGGCGAUGUGUUCGGCGUUGGCGUUGAGGAUGAUGCUAGUGAAAUUGAAUAAGAAGCUGGAUAGGGGAGAGGCGGUAGAUGGAGCUGUCAAUGAGGGAACGGUAGCGGCGGGUCAGAGAGGAUUUAGGUACAAGGUAUGAGGUCAGACGCAGCAUGAACGAUACCCGCAAUAGACCCAACUUACCUCCUCUUGACCAUUUUAUUUCUUGUAACUUCGUUUAGAGAUCUACCUUUGCUAUUAGAUAUGAGGUAUGGGAUUGAGCGAUCAAGAUAGAUCUAUAGAACAGUAUAUGGUGAGAGGAAACCUCAGCUUUCAAAUACGAAUGUUGAGGAAGGAAUUAUAGACGAUAAUGUCUCAGGAUAGAUACCCUCGAUUCAUUCACAUAGAUGAGAUAGACAAAUAGACAUCAAUUCUUUAACA